UUGGCGCGAAAUGGGAACUGUUCUAUUUGCCUGCAUUGUAUGUUCAUUCUCGUUCAUUCUGAGGCAAUUUAAGUAGUAACAAGUACGCACCAUCGGGUGAGUGUGGAGGUGAAUAUAUGUAUUAACAAUUUAGAGUAGAGAAGAGUGUUGGUAAUGGAGUAUUCUCGAAGGAUAAGGUCGAUUUCGUCCAGGCAGUCUGUCCAAGCGGGCAGUCUUGUGGAAAUGUACCCUAGUGACUUACAGCUGUACAAAGUUCCGCCCAUUUCAAGUAUUUCACUUGCAGAAUUUGAAGGUCUAGCACAAGAAAGGUUGAAAUUAUUGAGGACAGUUGAUAAUAUCAACUUACGGGGACUGAAUAAAUAUUCAGAUGAAUGGAAAAACACUUUUAUAACUGAGUUAAAGAAGUUGGGAUUGAAAAGCUUUGCCAAAUUGAUAAAUGGAACUGGUUGCGGCCAUACAGAGUCAGAAUUGCAGGCCCGAAAGCGAGACCAUAUAUCUCAUUUUAUAUUGCGUCUUGCAUAUUGCAGAUCAGAAGAUUUGAGGCGAUGGUUUAUUUCAAGAGAACUAGAUUUGUUCAGAAUGCGAUUUAGCUCUCUGAGUGCUGAAGGAAUACAGCGUUUCAUGCAAAUCAACGAUUUAAAAUAUGAACCAAUCUCGGAGACUGAGAAGUCAAAGUUAAAAGAGUGUCUGUUUGAAUCGUCAUAUAUGAUUCCAUCAAUGGCCAGUUUAGCUGCACACGAAUUUUACCGUGUUCCAUAUACUGACGUGCAGGACCUUGUUCGAUCUCGAAAAGUUUACUUGUCUUGUGGGUAUGCAUAUGUGCCCAGUAGCGACUUGGUAUCUAUACUAUCAACAGUCUUCAGAACUAAUUUGGCUCAUGGUAUGGCAAUGACUGCUCGUAUGCUCCCCACUUUGGAGGGUGAUGAACGUAUCUUUCGACUGUUGAAGAACCUGCAUCACAGUUAUACCGGUGAAGAAUAUUCUGCUCUGAAGAACUCCAACAUUAGCAGUGUACAGUUGGACCAGCUUGAUCUGCUUUCUCGUCAUUCCUUUCCUCCAUGCAUGAGGAAGCUACACGAACAUCUACGUUCAAAUCACCAUAUGCGUCAUGGUGGUCGAAUGCAGUAUGGUUUAUUCUUAAAAGGUAUAGGACUUUCGUUGGAGGAUGCCUUGCGUUUCUGGAGAGAUGAAUUUACCAAGCAAAUUGAUGCAGAUAAAUUUCAGAAGCUGUAUGCAUAUAACAUACGGCAUAAUUAUGGUAAGGAAGGGAAACGUACGAACUACACACCAUACAGCUGCAUUAAGAUAAUCAUGUCAAAUGUGGGACAUGGCGAUGCUCACGGAUGUCCAUUUAGGCACAGUGACUUACCACAUCUGAAACAGCAGUUACUUGCAUGGAAACUUCCAGUUGCUGGAAUUAACGAAGUGGUAGAAUAUGUCUCUCAGGGCCACUUCCAGUUGGCAUGUGGCAAGUACUUCCAGCUUACACAUGGUAUACAGUCUGAUGUAAACAUCAAUCAUCCAAACCAGUACUUCAUGGACAGUCAGAAUGUUUUAAGUGGUAAACAUGUUAACGGAGUGGCUGAAAGGGGAAUGCCGGAGGGAAAAAAGAUGGCUGCAUCUGCAAUAGAAGAUUUGUGGGGUGAUGAUAAGGAGCUAGAGUCCAUUGAUGUUGAUGUGCAGUAGGCUGAAGCAAUGAAAUUUGACAAAUAGAAAUGGAAGUAACAGUGAAUGUGACAUCCUUUCCUUCAGAAUUGUGAACAAAAUGUUUCCAAAAUUCUCUGCUUUGCUCUGUAGGACAUACAUUAUGUAAGUUAACUAAUUUCUUCAGUAUUUUACUUUAUUGCAUGGGAUUUCUUGUGCUGUGUCAGUAAGCUGAUAGCGAGAUUGUGAUGGCAUUUUGCUUGUAGCCAGUGUGGUUUGCAAAGCUGUGUAGGCUACCAUUUACGGUGGAAUCAGUUCACUGUUGACUUCAGCAGAGGUCAAACAUUUUUGGACAUCUGGUAGCCAGUAUUCUGUGUUCGUUUGCUGUGGCUCUCACCUCUUCUCAGUUCACAAGAUUCAUGUCUUCCUCUCCAUGCAGGUGCAUUUCCUGUUAUGUAAUUGCAUACAAAUCAGAUAGGUUAUUUAAAAAUGUACCCUUUAGUCACUACAUGUUUUAUCUCACUUGUGGCUCAUCAUCAUGUGGUGUAAAUACAUUUUUUGCAACAAUAAACCAAGAGCAGCAAGCAUUAAUAAAAUAUAACAUGUUUCCAAUUCAUCUCAUAAGGGUUACAUAAGAAUUGUUGCUAUUACACACCAUUAAAAUGAAAGAUUUUAAUAUUAAAGACAGUUGAAAUAUAAUUAGAUGCUUCAUGUAGUUUUGUUGAUGCUGUACAGUUUGUGCCCAUUUUUGGGGGCAGUAAAUUCUUGUGUAUAAUUUGCUAUCAAUGUGAUUUCAUAAAAUUUGGGGGGGGGGCAGUAUUUUGUAUGAUGCAACUUUGUAAAUGAAGCUGUGAGUAUAUUCUUAACUGUGCAGUAAAUAAGUGCCCCUGGUUGAGUGUGAUGGUAAAGCUAUAUCCCUGUAACAGGCCGUGGAGGCCCCUAGGGUUGUGAGACAUCGAGGCUCACAGAUGGCAGUGAG